AUGCGGAUCGUCGGGCUCCUUAUUGCUCUCAGUCUCGCCUCAGUGGUCGUCCUCAUCUUUGCUAUUGAUCGCCAUACCCGCAACUUAAUCGACGAGAGCCAGCUCGCUAUCCCUCUACAUCCGGUCGAGCACUCCACAAGAGAUCCUACCACUUUGACUUUUGAAUGGCAUGUCACCCAGGGCACCAGAACCCCAGAUGGAGUGGAGAAGCAAGUCUAUCUCGUUAAUGGACACUUCCCUGGACCAACCAUCGAAGGUCGAUCCGGAGACCGUAUAAUCGUCCGUGUCUACAAUGACCUCAAGGAUGAGGGCGUUUCCUUGCACUGGCAUGGCCUGCGUAUGCAAGGCUUCAAUGCUAUGGAUGGUGCAGUAGGCUUUACCCAGUGUCCAAUCUCUCCUGGAACUUCAUUUGUCUAUGACUUCCGCAUCCGCGACGACGAACACGGAACCUUUUGGUGGCAUAGCCACAAUCAGCUGCAGAGGGCAGACGGGCUCUUUGGAGGACUAGUAAUCCACGAGCCCCGCCGUCGUGAUGCCAACGCAGCUUUGCAAGACGAAGCAUUGCUGUUAGUCGGUGACUGGUUUCAUCGUAAGCAGAGCGAUGUCCUUGCCUGGUACUCCAGCCCAGCAAGCGCAGGCAAGGAGCCCGUUCCUGAUUCCGUGGUUAUCAACGGCCGUGGUCGAUAUGAUUGCUCAAUGGCUGUGCCCGCUAGGCCGGUCAAAUGCGAGGCAACGGCCUUGAGUGACUUUCCACCUCUGAUCAAGAAGUCUACCGGAGAAACGCGCCUUAGGGUGGUGAAUACAGGUACAGUCGCAGGCUUGACCGUAGGAGUUGAUGGUGCAUCACUCCAGCCGUUGGAAAUAGACGGAGGCUGCAAGGUUGAUCCGAAGGCCGCUGAUUCUGUCGGAACCCUAUAUCCUGGCGAGAGAGUUGAUCUGCUUCUCAAAUGGAAGAGCGAUCGGGCCGCAGAGCCGUGGUUCAACGUCUAUCUAGACCAUGAAAACCUCGGCUUUGGAAAUCCGGCAUUAAACCCUAACCAUACCUUUCCUGCUCUUCCUAAAACCGUAACCGGUCACGAUAGGGAACAUGCGUCCCUCUUGAAAUUUCGAGACCACCAUGUGGACCUUGCCACACUGUCUUCUACAGAAGAACAGACUCAUAUUGUCACUGCGGAGGAAGAACAGACAAUUCUGUUUUACGCUUCGACCCAGACGCUCGCAGUGAAUGGAAACAUACCUCUUGGGUUUAUGAACCAUACAUCAUGGCAUCCCCAGUCGUUGCCACUGCUAUCACAGAAUCGUUCAUCGUGGGAUGAUAAGCAGCUCAUUCCCUUCAUCCCCAGUGGAUCAAAGCCAACAAAGGUCAAGCUUGUGAUUAACAAUCUUGACGAUGGCUCUCACCCGUUUCACCUUCACGGAUACUCGUUCUAUGUGUUGUCCUCGUUUCGUGCUGAAAGCGGUAGCCUGGGCAGCUAUAACCCUUACGCGACCCCGGAGAGCGAUUCUCCAGGCAAGUGGAAUCGAGAGCGGCCUCUUCGAAAAGACACCGUCAGUGUACCGAGGAAGGGGCAUGUGAUACUCAGCUUUGUAGCUGAUAAUCCUGGAAUGUGGAUGUUGCAUUGCCAUAUGUUGGUACAUAUGGGAACGGGCAUGGCUACCGGUUUUCAAGUAGGAGUUCCAGGGGAUGAGGAGCAUAUAUACGGAUUAGACGAGUCAGCAGCGAGAUUGUGCAAGGCAUGA